AUGCAGGUUCGGGUAUCGAGGUUCAUCCCUCAUGACCCGGGUAUCUUCGCGGAGGCCGCUCUGGACUCCCGGAGGUUGGCGCCUAAAGACGUGACGGAAUACGUGCGUCUUAAAAAUGACGCACCGAUGAAGUGGGCUCGGUUUCGGAUGAUCGUCGGUCUUCACGGGGGCGGAGAGGACGGCGCGAGGGCGUCGACUCUGUCCUCUGAGUGUCCGCAAAAUGCAGCUUUCUUUGCUCGCUGGCGUCGCUGGGGCAUCACGGCCGCAGCGCCUGCGGCGGUGGCUUCUUAUGCUGUUCCCGGCUGGGUUCGCUGGUGGUUGCAGUGUCGUUACAACACUUUCCUACGAGCGAACAAGGCGGUGCUUCGGCGUGGUGGUCCGAUCCACGCAGGCUGGAGCAGUCAGCGGCCGGCCGAUGAGGAAAUGAGCGGGUGUGAGAGGUUGCAGCUCCUAAGCAGUGAAGAAUUGGGUGACCGCAAGCCUAGCCAGUUCCUUCGCCAUUUACGCAGCCUAGGCGGAAAUGACAUCCCGGACGAUUUUUUAAGGUCACUGUGGUCAUACCGGCUACCUAACUACAUCCAGGCUAUUAUAGCUACCCAAGACCAUUCUAGUCUGGACGAAGUGGCUCAAUUGGCGGACAAAAUCGUGGAGGUUACACCGCAGACUCCCCUGCAACAAGUGGCAGCAACUUCAACGCCAUUAGAAGAGCUACAUAAGAAGAUUGACAUGCUCACGCAAAGAUUAGAUGCAAUCUCAAUGUCUAGUCAACGAUACCACGUCGGGGUCACCACUUCUAGGAACAUAGACCUUAUAGCAAUCGCGCGGCCGACGGCAGACACCCUUCCAGUCACGUACGCAGAAUCACUGACGUCCAGCGAAAAUCCGACGAUGCACGAAGGCGCCCGAGCGUAU